AAAUUAAGUGGACGAUAAGAUAAAAUUGAUUGUCGUAUUAGACGAUCAAUCGCCGAAGUAACUGCUUUGCUUAGGUUCAUUAAACAUCUGAUUAAGGGAACGAUGAAGUUUAAAGCGCUGAUUAUUUUAUCUUUUUGUUUCGUUCACAUUUCUUGCCAAAAUGUGAAUUUGACCGAAUUAAUCGGAAUGGUGCAAGAGAAUCUUGAAGCUGCCCAAGAAUAUGUACUACCAACAGAUAACCGGGAUUUGGUUAAUGUGAGUGACGCAACAUUAUAUGAUUAUGGCGAAUUUAACUACAUAGUAGUCGGUGCUGGAUCAGCUGGAGCAGUUUUAGCAAAUCGACUGUCAGAAGUGCCCAAUAACCAUGUUUUGCUACUGGAAGCCGGAGGAGAACAAACAGAAUUUACCGAUAUUUUAGGAUUAAGCCCUAAUUUGUAUUUUUCGGAUAUGAACUGGGGUUACAAUACGACCAGACAAGAAAAUGCGUGUUUGGGGAUGGUUGAUCAACGGUGCUUCUAUCCAAGAGGAAAAGUCGUUGGAGGCUGCAGUACAAUUAACGCUGGAAUGUACGUUAGGGGAAGCCCCUUAGAUUUUGACCGAUGGGAGACGGAAUUGGGAAAUAAGGGCUGGUCGUAUAAUUCUGUUCUACCCUACUUCCUAAAAUCCGAAAACGCCGUUUUUGAUGCCCGCGAAAAAAAGUUUCAUGGAGAAGGCGGUUAUCUACACGUCGAUGUUCCAUCCGGAACACCAGGACUAGAAACGGUAAUUUUCGAUGGAUUCGAAGAGCUCGGUCAAAAACGAAUCGAAGAUUACAACGGCGAAGAACAAGUUGGUAUUAGUCGGGUUCAAUUCACCUUGAAUGAAAAUAAGCGUGAUAGUACAGGAAGAGCAUUUCUGGACAAUGUUAGAAACCGUUCAAAUCUCCACGUGAGCACCAACAGUUACGCGGUUAAAGUGAUGAUUACCAAAGAAACAAAAACCGCGUACGGAGUAGUUUUUAUAAAAGACAACAAACAGUACAUAGCGAGAGCAAAGAAUGAAGUGAUUUUAUCAGGCGGCGCAAUAAACUCUCCACAGCUUCUGAUGCUCUCUGGCAUCGGACCAAAACAACAUCUGGAAAGUUUAGGAAUCGAGGUUAUAGAAGACUUGCCCGUCGGUCAAAAUUUAGAGGACCACAUGAUAUAUACGGGUUUGUUUUAUAGAACAAAUCACACCUUCUACAACAACACUUUAGAAGAGCUGUUGCAGCUCUAUAUGGAUGAUAAACGGCCUUACAUUGCUGGAUUUUCAUGUGAAUUUGUGACGUUUGUAAAUUUCCAAAACAAUACAAAAGACAGACCGAAUGUCCAAAUUUUAGUAAGCUCGCCCCCUAAUCUAAACAACAACGCCGGAUGGGUCUUCAAAUUUAAUGAGGCAUACACAGCAGCUCACCAAUCUGAUCCUCUGCAUGACAUUUGGUUUACGCCGCUCAUAUUGCAUCCGAAAUCGAAAGGAUCGGUGACGUUGCAAUCAAACAGUCCCUUAGACAUGCCGAUAAUCGAAACCAACUAUCUUUCUGAUCCAGACGACCAUGACAUAGAAACCCUAUAUAAUGCUACUCAGUUUAUUUUGAGAUUAAAUGAAACCAAAGCAUUUAGAGAUUUCGAAGCUACUUUUAUGCAUCCUCCCAUGCCCACUUGCGAUCCAGUGUACGACAGAUAUUCUAAAGAUUGGUGGUAUUGCUCCAUAAGAACAAUCGCUUCAACGCUCUACCAUCCCAUAGCGACGACACGAAUGGGAAACUCCACGGAAAAUUCAGUGGUGGAUUCAGAACUAAGAGUUCACGGAAUCAAUGGUUUAAGGGUCAUAGAUGCCGGAGUUAUUCCAGAACACCUUUCAGGUCUUCCAAAUGCGGCGAUUAUCAUGGUCGGCGAAAAAGGAGCCGAUUUAGUUUUGAGCGCAAAAUCAAGAUCUUCAGGUUUUAAUGCGCAAGACUCAAAGGUGUUGAAGAACAUACAUAGGAUUCGCAACAAAUGGAGAUUUAUUUAGGUUCUGGACAACUGUAAAGAGCAGAAGUAUUUCAAUAAAGUUUCAAUAUUUUUCAACAAAAAAAAGCGAUUACAAUUCAGAAACAACGAAUGGGAAAAUAAAUAAAAAUUAUGUUAUAUAAGUAUUUGAUUGUACCUACAUUAUAAAUGAUAAAAACGAUCAUAUAUUAAAAAACCUAUUUGAAAUACUAUUUAAAUAGUAUAGUAUAACACUAUAUGUUAAAAAUUAUCGCAAAUGUUGAUAAAAAAAACCUAUUUGAAAUACUAUUUA